CUGUCAGUUUAUUGUGUUCAUCAUGGCUUCGACGGAAUCUCUGGUGUGCGACACCCUCGACCUGAGCGGCCAAGGCCUCAAGAAGCUCAGCCGGUGUCCCUCGGACGCUGAUAUUAGUACGUUGAUCAUUGACGACAAUGACUUACAACGGCUCGAUAAUUUGGAUUCUUAUAACAGAAUUACGAAGCUUUCGAUAAUCAGAAACCAAUUACUACGGAUGUAUGGUGUGUCAAAGUUACAUAAUCUUGUUACCCUUAAUUUGGCAAACAAUGGUAUACUCACAAUAGAAGGUAUCAAGGACAUGAUUAAUUUGCAGACUCUCUGUUUAGCGGGUAAUAAUAUUAAGUCUAUUGAACAUUUACAUACAAAUACCAAAUUGGAGCAUCUGGAUUUGUCUGAAAACAGCAUCAGCCAUGUUUCAGAUAUAUCUUAUCUGCGAAAUUUAAAGGAACUCUUUUUGCAUAACAAUCGCAUAAUAACACUACGUCAGUGCGAGCGCUACUUGCCCACAUCCUUGGAAACAUUCACAUUAGCGAAUAACAAUAUUACUGACUUAAAUGAAAUGUCACAUUUGGCUAAUCUAAAAAAUCUGGUCAAUUUCUCAAUUGCUAACAAUCCGUGUGUUAGUAUAACAGGUAACAGUAUUGGAUUUGACUAUCGGCCUUUUGUUAUUAAUUGGUGUAUGAGCUUAAAAUCAAUCGACGGUUAUGCGGUUGAUCCUAUUGAAAGCUUGAAAGCAGAGUGGCUGUAUUCUCAGGGACGAGGUAGACAAUUCCGCGUUGGUGAACAUGCCUUACUUGCUCAAUAUCUUGCGUCCGUCUGUCCACUUUCGGGCGAAUCCUUAGAGAACGAGACGGACCGGAAACUUAGACUUAUACUGAGCAAAGCUCAACAUCACCAACAGCAGUUGAAUCAACAGAGCGAUACCGGGAGCGUGCACAGCUUGAGUAGCGUGACUAUGAGUCCUUCCCCAGCCGCUAGACGUAGACUUAGCCAUAACAGGACAAAUUCUCCCAGACGACCUACUUCCUCAAGGAAUUCCUUGAAAAUGAAAUCACCAGACCGAAUGGUAUCCAGCUGUCAUACUGAUGCUAUGGUUUCUUCGUGUCAUGGUUUAUUGAGCGGUGAUCAUGAGUCGACUUUGAUGACCCAAAGUUUAGAUCCUAAUAUACUGUCUGGUAUGGCAUUAAGUAACAAAAUGUCAAACAAUAGUUUGCAGGACAUGGAAGAGACAUCAAGUCCUCUGCAAGCAGCUACGAAACUACUACCAGUACCAGAGUCUCUGAUGAGUCCAGAUUUUCGUCCACCAUCUGGCCUUUCACGGAUUUUACCGAAAACUCCCACAUCAAGUAAAUUAAGCUCUCCCUGUCAAGUCACGAUACCUAGUAAACCAUCCAUGGACGGCGAUGGAAAGGCAAUUCCCAUCAUAAACACUGUUAAUCCAAUGGCAAAAACGAAUCUAAGCUGUAUAAAGGCAAAUGCGCUCGUGAAAAGUAGUUCCGCGACAAAUUGCAGCGUCAUGAGACCAAAUAUAGCGAAACCGAUUGUGACAUAUGCUAAUAGUAAGUGUCCACACAGCGUGAAGAUUAAUAAUUAUGUUCAAAGCAAGACUUUGCCCGCGAAGAGAAGCACAAAGAGUCCCAAUUUAGCUAGAAACAUACAGCGACCGAAGAGCGUGAAUGAGAGACUCAAGAGCAAUUUGAACAAAGACGAGAGAGAUGGCGAUGCUGGAAUUCAGAGCAGCGACGAGGAUAGUGAAGUGUGUCAAGCGAAAUUGGAUAGCAUUCGUCAUAGGGCUAUUCAAAGAAGACAAGAAGACAGUAACAAAGAUCAAGAUCAAACAGAGAAGGCUGCUAUCUGUAUUCAAAGACUGUGGCGAGGCUAUCAUACAAGAAACCUUAAUAAAAAAGCUACUAGUAUAUUAAAAACGAUUGACAUGAUAAGAACGAAUAAAUACAUCCAGAAACUGUCGACAGAUAUGGAAGCCACGAGAACCGCAUUACAAUUAUUGCAAAUGCAAGCGAUUAAUGCAUUGUGGAAGAAAGUAGUCAGUCUACAACCGGGCGGCAAUCGAGAAAAUACUUUCAGUGAUACGGAAAACACCUUGCAACCAAAUGCGGAUGUAGUAAAUAAUCUCGCGCAAACGUGCAAUCUGCUUCAUACCCAGGUUCAACAAUUACAAGACUCGAUGACCGAGAUAAAGCGUUGCAUGUCCAGCAUGAAGCCAAAGUCCGCUCUUGUCGAUAAUGGUGUCGCCACUCAAACGGAGAUAUCUGCCGUGCAUACGCCAGCAGGUGAAGAAAAUACGUUUCCCUAUGGACGUCCUAAUAGACCGCAAAGUCUGCCGAUACAUCAAACGAUACACGAGGGAAACGAGAAUAAGAGUUUUGCAUCGAAUUUGGUGGAUAGUGUGCUGAAGAAAGUGUCGCAGUCCACUGAUACGACGGAUGACGAAGUCAAUACAGAUAUUUUGAAUUCAAACGAAAAUCCCGAAGUAUUGAAUUCAAACGAGAAUCCCGAGAUGUUCAAGAGUUGCGAAGAGAUAAUAGAAUCCGACCUCAAGCAAGCGGUUGAGAACGAGACGGACAACUAUGAAAAUAUAAUCGAGAAUGCGGCGAUUGAUGGUGAAGUAUGUGAGGAAACGCUGUGUAAGGAGCUACAUAAUUUGAUUGAAACGGAAAAUGGAACAGAUGCUUACGGAAACUGCGCGGACAAUGCAGUUAAUGGGGACGACAAGGAAGUCUGCUAGAUUUGACAUUGUCGAAUCAAAUUCCGCCAUAUGCCUUGUGAGUAACGGUAUGAAGCGAGAGAAAACGAAAAAAAUGCUCACUGUAAAUAACAAAAAGUAAUUCUAUUUGUAAGGAUAUUAUAAAACGGAAUGUAAUUUUAAUCGUGAACCGUUUUAUUACAAAAAAGAUACUUCGAUCACGAACAACAAGCUGCCAUUCUGACCGAACAAAGUAUCUAUGUAGCUUAAGUAAAACAGAUUGAUAUGAGCAGUGCAGUAUAAAUGAUAGCAGCGAAAUUAUAUUAUUAAAUAUACAACGUUUAUUAGCUUGUGCAACAUUUGUUUAAUUGUUUAUACAUGUAUUCUGUGAAAAACAUUCGCAUUAUGUAUUUGUGUAUUAUCAUAAGGAAUCUUAGAAAUUUUCCGUCCGACUAUUGACGGUAAUACAUAACGAUCGCAUAAAACAUACAUCAUAAAGUUUAUCAAACUGGCCAUUGGAGAACCGUUCCCGUAAACAUUCCACUUAUUUUAUCUAUAACUUUCU